AUGUUUUCCAGACUUUUUUCCAGAAGGAGUGAGCUAGAAUGGACGCUUACUCCGAAGAGAUACAGCGACGAAAGAACAGAGCACUAUUCAGGCAAAAUAUUCCUGCCUCAGAUCUGUCUGGUUACUCUGAUCUCUAAACAAGUCGACACUCCGUAUAUUUUCAAAAUAUCAGCACACAACAAUAUUUCCUACACACACGCCGGCGUGCAAGAGUUCAUGGAUGCGCCUGAUGAAGUAAUUUUGCCCAACUGGCUCUACGAUCAGCUAGCACUGGAUGGAACGCCCGUUGAAGUAAGCUGUGUUUCUCUUCCAAAAGGACAGUUUAUCAGACUUCUUCCACAGAGCAAAGACUUCCUGGACAUAGAGAACCCAAAGGCGUCAUUGGAGGAGUCUCUCAGAAACUACCAGGUUCUCAGUGAAGGCGACACAAUUUCUCUAUACAUACAAAGCGAGUUUAAGCACAUACUUUUCACUGUAGCUGAAAUACUCCCAAAAGGGCCAGGAAUAAGCAUAAUAGACACAGAUUUAGAGGUGGAUUUUCUGCCUCCUGUGGACUAUAUAGAAGAUAAAUUAGAAGAUGGAAGUUCACUCGUAAGAAAGACAGAAGAUGGAGGAGUUACAAUUGCAGAUCCAUUUUUUGCAGAUAAAGAAGAUGGCCUUGGGGUGGUCUUUAUACAGAAAUAA